AUGUGGCUGCUGGAAAAUGAAGAAGCCUUCCAAGGGCGUCGACUUUGGCUGCGUCCAGGCAAAACGUACCUCUUUGGGAGGACAGCAGUGGAGCCUGGCCUGCUGGCACUGUCGCAUAACACCAUCUCGCGCAAACACCUGACAAUCACCGUCGAGAGUGUCAUAGAAGGACACGCACAUAAUCUAUCGAGCCGAUCGCACAUCAAGAUUGAGGACCUCGCAACAAAGAUAGGGACGGUAGUCAAUGGACAAAAAAUCAAAGGGGCCACUUACGACACUCAAGUCGAGGAAUACGAGAUUAUGCUGGGCAAGUGCCCUAACAAGUUCCGGCUGAAAUGGCACCCGACAGUCUUCACGUUCUCAUUUACAAACAAAGAGAUGCAAACCGAGCCUUUAACGUCUCUCAAAGAGAGAUUUGAGCAGCUAGAUAUCAAGCUGUUGACAGACUACAGCGUAAAGCACACGACGCACGUCAUAUCGAAGAAGCGAAAUACAGCCAAGGGCCUACAGGCUCUCAUAAAUGGCAAAUAUAUCGUCACAGAGACUUUUCUCGAUGCCAUAUCCUCUGUAACAGAGCUCUCCGAUGGAGCGGACAGCCAAGAGUCAAGUUCUCUGGAAACGGACUUUGACAAGUUCUGGCCCAACGCUAUGGAGCACCUGCCGCCGCGGGGCAGCGAACCCGUGCAGCACCCGGAUGAAAUGUAUGCGCCGGAUGAUCGAAGAAGAGAAGUAUUUGAAGGAUAUACUUUCGUCUUCUAUAGCCAGAUUCAGUAUGAUAACCUCAUGGCGCCGAUUACGAAUGGGGGUGGAAAGGCUAUGCUGCAUCCUAUCGAGCCAGAGGAGACGCGGGCUGAUGAUUUUUUUAUCACAGCAGUCUCACUGCUGUUGGAUCACAGGCCUAUUGAGCAAAACGAAUUCCUGGAAGCAAUUCUGAUCAAUGAUGCAAGCCAACUGCGAAGACCAUUGGAGACGGAAUCGUCUAUCAGACCCGAGGACUCAAGGCCAGCAGAAAGUCUACAGCCCGAGCACACCACUCAACAGAGCCCGCGUAGUCAAAUGACACCGGUGGUGACCGAUUCAUCCCAGCAAGUUGAUUCGCAGCCCAUCCCCAGGCGAAGUCGAGUGCGGCAACCGGUCAAGAGGAGAUUUGCAGGCUUCGAUGAUGAUGACGAGAUGGGGAUAGACGAUAACCCUCCCCCUCCCGCCAGGGAGCCUGCGAGACCACAAUUGCAAGCUCAGGAGGAUGAGGGAGGAUUAUUUGUGUCACAGGAGCAAGAUGCUCCUUUCGUACCCGACGACAAUCAUGCGGACUUUCGAUCACAGAGAAAGAGGCCGCCCUCUCCCAUACCAGAAAACGAUCUAAUGGAAGGGAUGGCACCAGCAGUGGCAAAGUUUAAACGGCAGCGCCUUGAGAGGGGAGAACAGUUUGCAGCGCCUUCACCUGAACCCGAGGGGGAAGAGCCAGAUCAGAUAAAGAUAAAGAUCGAAACCAAGAAGAAGGUCAAGGUUGAGCUAGACGUUUUAGCAGUGGCCAAGAAGAAUCGUGAGGAGGCGGAAGCUCGGGCUCGAGCUGAGGCCGAGGACCUGGCAAAUUUACCCGAGGGCAUUGACUUGGCCGAGAUUCGUCGGCUUAAUAUCGUGGAAGAGAUUGAGCUUCGCCCCAAAGACAGAGCGUCAGACAGGACAAGAGAGCAGGACAUUGCUGAUGGGCGGUGGGAUCCCAAGUGGAAUGGAAUGAAGAACUUUAAAAAGUUUCGCAAAAGGGGAGAGGUGGUGGGAAGGCAGCCCGCCAGAGUCAUCGUCGCCCUCACUGAAGUCAAGCCCAAAGAAUUUGGAGUUGGCGAUAAUUACUGGCUGGAAGACGUCAGUAGUGACCGGAAAAAGACAACGAGCCAGCCAUCCGCUAUCGGCGCCAGCGAGGCAAAGGACUUCCCCUUGCUGGAUCCACCGCCGGCGAGGCGAGGUGCCUCGGCGCGAGUGAUCGCCUCGGAUAGCAGUGACGUGGAGGAAGCGGCUGAGCCAACUCCUGAACCGUCAUCCUCUACCAGAGCUACGGCAUCGAGGAGAGAGGGGACUGGGGUGCAGUCGCAGAGCAGCGCACGAAGCCAGCUUUCCAGCGCAAAGUCUCGGGCGACUAGUCAGGGGAAGAGACCGGCCACGGAGCCGGCCGCAGCUAAGGAUCCGCCGCCGGCGAAGAGAUCGAGAGUGGCGCCGAAGAUUCUCGAGGUUGCGGAUAGCGACGAUAGCAACGACAGCGACGACGACCUCAAGUUUAGAUUUGGCAAGAGACGGUAA